AUGGCUACGGACGACUACGGCAAGAUUACCGACCGUGUGGGGAAGCUAAAAGGCUCCCAAAACUAUUCUAACUGGCUAUUCAAACUUAAGCGAGCUCUUAAGUCUCGCGGUGUACGCCACUGGGAGAUCCUUAUCGGUGAGGAUCGUCCCCAAUUCACUUCUUAUCGCACUGUCCCUAGCGAGCGCACGCUUCGUAAGCAUAUCGCAAAGGAAUAUAAUAAUAGGGCGUUGCGUGAGUAUCGACGACGACCACGCUCUCUUUCAGGCUCUUAUGAGGAUGAUGAGCCGCCGGCCACUAUCUUCCCUGACACACUAUCUGUUCAGGAGCUUGAGGACUUCAUAUAUGAGCAUUACGAUAAACCAAACAAGGAAUUUCAAGAGUGGGAAGCUAUUAUGUUUACAGUCCUUAACAUCUUCGUCUCUUGCCUCGAUUAUGACCUAAUACAGUAUGUCAAACAGACUGAAGAUACUUCUGAAGCCUUCAGAAUUAUUGAAAAGCUAUACGGCCGCCCCACACAACAGACUAUUGCCACUAAGUGGGCAAAGCUUAAGUCUACCGUCUACAAACCAGGCCUGCAAAGCGCACAGUUUAUGGCAAACUAG